AUGGCUGUUCUAUUGCUCACAGCACUGGUAAUCAGCAACAUCUUCUUAUUAGGAGUUCCGUACAGCUCUUCUUUUCAUUUUGAAGUACGCCACUCUAGCUUUGGUAUUGAUCCCCCCGAGAUAUGGCAGAGCUAUUAUGCAGCCAAAAUGUUCAACUUAAUUUUAACGACGGUAUGGCUCAUCUUUGCGUAUACAAAUCGCAUUGUAGCCCUGUCCAAUGCUGGGGGCGAAAGAAGAUCUGAUAGCUGGAUCUAUCGGAAGCUACUCGAAAAAUUUGCACCCGGUCUCCAAUCUCCCAGCAAUAGAGAUCGAGCUAUUGCUCAUAUCGAAAGGUUACAAAGUGCCAGAUCCCUUCCUCAGCGCGUGGGUAACAUUUUUGCGCUGUUGAGAUAUGCAAAUGCAGAACUACGAAGCAGCUUCCUAUGGGAGCUUGUUGCGAUACUGCUCGUUCUCCUGCCUGUUCUGAGCCUGGGCGAAACCUACUACGAUGUCAUCACUCCGAAGAUUAUGGAAGGGCCUCUGGAUACCCUAAAUUUCGAAGCCAGUACAUUGGGGACGCCUUCAGGUGAUAACACGUCAGGAAUUGGGAUCAUAAAUGCAGUGCAUCUGUAUGAGAUUGAGUCGGAUGGCAUCAAUACCGAUCAAUUAACAGCACCACCACUACCUGAUCCGCCUACCACGAGUCAUUCUAAGCCCGGGGCUCAGGUCAAGGCAGCGCAGAUCACAGCGCAAUCAGGAAUUUUACGGCCCGAACAGGCGAUGAAAACCGGACCAGACCAGCUCGUGGCCCUAUCACGCUCUGCGACCGGCGCGACAUCAACUAUGGAGCGCGGUGACCUCAUCGUAACGCUUCCAACCCAAAGACGAUCAUUUUCAAUUGAAUCUGGUGCUCUGCUCGCAACACUUGCCGCGAGUGAUAGAAACUUCUACAAGCUACCCAUAUUUCAAGCUAUACUGUGGAUCGUGGUUCUCUAUUACACAAUAGUGAUCCUAUUCUUCGCUCUUGUUGGUGGGGGGCUAUUCAUCGUCGUCAGUGAGGUCAACUCUGCGUGGUACUUUGCGAUCCUCGGAUUCCUCAUCCCUCAAUACAUAUCGUCCCUUUCCUGGGUUUCGAUGGUCAUCAAACGGCGACAACGUAGAAAACUUUGA